UGCGGUUACUUUUAAAUGAAUCACUGGAAGGAAAAGGAUUAUUGAACCUGGACAAAACAAUUCCACUGAAUAACGCAGCCCGGUCCAACUUAGUCAGGAUUAUAGGCACUGCUAUAUUGCGACAAGACCCCAAUCAAACUGUACGAUCAUCUGUCUAUGCUAAUUGGGCACAUUCAAUUAUAGAUUUAUUUCCCCUUGAAAAAACAACAGUCUAUUAUCACACAAAGCUGGUGGAAUCAACAAGGGGGAUAACGACACGAUUAGCUGGUAAACUACCAGAUCAAGUGCAUAAUUUAAAAAGAAAGUACAGGGAGUCUGGUAUUAUAGUAGAAAAGCGUCGGCGAGAUUCUAGAUCUACAGACUCCUCGCCAUCACCUUGCCUUCGUCUUCCAGACGGAAUAAGCCACGAAGAGAACGCAGAAGAAAAGCUAUUGUGGUUGCAAAAUUCUUCCGAGCCCUGGACAGCCGUGGAACAAAAAUGGAUUGAAACUACACAGGCAAGGCUGCUACAGUCAAAAGAGUUGACCAUAGGACAGUAUUUCAAUGAGUAUAUGGCCCUUAAAAAACCCAAAGGAUACCUUCUGCUACAAAAAGAUUUUGAACACCUAUAUACGGGAAAAUAUACAGAUAUCAUUGAAACAUUCCCCACUUUAAAGCCGAAAAUCUUUGAGUUUGCAAAGACACGCAAGAACAGCAGCAAGGACAAAAAUCUGGAGCUUCUUUUAUCUUUGGAGCAAGGCUCGGAGGACACAUCAAAUAUUGCCUGUUUCUUGUUGAUACCGUCUCUGCUGGCCGUCACUAGCGUCAGAUUAAGGAAUACCUCCAAAAAGAUCUGGCGUCCUUCAAAGGCGGAAUCAACGGCCGGAUUCAUUCUCCAUGUAAGGUGCGAUUCUGAAAUUCGAAAUGCGGUAAAAACUAAACAAAAUAAAUUUCAAGAGUUAGGGCUUACUGUGCAGCCGUUUAUAAUCAUUGUAGGUGAAUCAUUAGAAAAAAUAAAAACAUAUUUUAUAGUAAUUAAUGAAAUAUAUUAUACUGUGUCAAGCAUACUCACAGCAGUUAGCUUAUGUUUUAAAAUCACCUGGGUCGUCAACGCUCAGUACCCUGUUGAGUGCCACAGCACGUGGAUGUUUAUUCAAGCAGCAUUUUUUAAAUUUAGGACUAAGUUUGAUAGCAACUCUACCUCGGCUUUAACGCUUUUGGGAGAGUUAGGCAUUGACUGUUGAGUUUUAUCUUAAGCAACUAAAACAAUGCCUGUGACUCUAGAUGUUGAUAAAUGUCUAACUAAAAGUGAUUUCCAGUUACUAAAGGAGUCAAACUGGCCUUGGACAAACACCCAUUUCAUUUUGUCAAAAAAUUGUUAUAAUUGUGGUUUUAUCUCGGUUUGUAAUGAAUAUCAACCAGCACAUUUUAAUAUACUGUACCAAGAACAUGUGAAAAUAUUACUGUACUUAAAUUUUUUUUGGUGCAAAAAUUGUUUAGAAUAUACUAUUUAUGAUCAUUAUCCUGCUGAAGAAUGUGAUUUUUGUUUUGAUAAAGAUUAUAAUUCAUAGGU